UUUUGGUUUUUACUUUACCCUGCUAGUUAGUGAUUUUUUUCUGUGUUCUGGGAUGAAGAAAGAGUGAAAUUUUUGGAAUUUGAAACUUUUCAAGGUUUAGGGGAAGACAAGGCAGUUGGGUACUGGUAUUUUGGUGGAAGGAUCAGCAAUUUUUGAAAAUUUAUUUUUGCUCAGCGGUCUGGAUUCAGCAGCGUCUUCAUUUUUUGGAUUGUUUGCUUCUGCUUUGAACUGAUUUGAAAGAGUGGUGGCCAAGUUCAUUUGAAGAUCUAGGACUGCUUCAAAACUAGUUGGAUAUAUUAUUCAGGAAGAGUCGAGCUUUUGCAUUGUUGAAGUGGAGUUGUUGACUUGAAUUGGAGAAAUGGAUAAUUCAAACCCGCCUGGGCAGAUGAAUAGACAGAUUGAUCAUUUGGGCGUGAACAAGAUGGGAAAAAACAUUAAGAAGAGUCCUCUACACCAGCCCAACUUUCCUGGCGCUGCAAGGCAACAGCCUCAACCCCAGGUCUACAAUAUUAACAAGAAUGAUUUCCGUAAUAUAGUUCAGCAGCUCACGGGUUCGCCUUCUCAAGAAUCGUCUCCUAGACCUCCUCAAAACCCUCCCAAACCUGCUAGUAACCGGUUACAGAAAAUUCGGCCUCCACCUUUGGCACCAAUGAGUCGACCUUGGAUCCCAAUUCAUCCUCCUAUGCCGAUGCCUGCACCAGCACACCCACCAGGGCAGCUUCCAAACAACUUUGCAAGACCUCCUCCUCCUCUUCUGGCCCAAUAUGGUCAACCUUCACCACCUGUGUUCAUGCCACCGAUUCCUCCUGAUGGUUGGGCAAAUCCAGCUGAGUCUCCAAUAUCAGCUUAUAUGCGCGACCUGCAAAAUUCAAUAGGACAACCCCACCAUCAAUAUCAACCUCACUUGCAACAUCAAGUUCCUGGUCAAAAUCUAGCUCAGCCACCGGGUUCUGGUUUGCUUCCUAAUCCUACCAUGCAAUCGUUCCCACCUCCCAGAAUGAAUGGAACUUCCUCUCCUCUCCCAUCCCCUCGCAUGAAUGGUCCUUCAAUGCCUCUCCCAUCCCCUCGCAUGAAUGGUCCCUUGCCCCCUAUACCUUCUCCUCGGAUGAGUGGCCCUCCUCCCCUUUUACACUCUCCAACUUCUCAGUUCCUUUUACCUUCACCUACUGGCUUCUUGAACUUGUUUUCUCCUCGAUCACCUUAUCCAUUACUUUCUCCAGGGUAUCAGCAUCCUCCUCCACUGACUCCUAAUUUUUCAUUUUCCUCUCUGCCCCAAUCUGGGAUUUUAGGUCCUGGACCUCAGCCUCCUCCUUCUCCUGGUUAUGGAUUUCCUUUGUCACCUUCAGGGUUUUUCCCCAUACUAAGUCCUAGAUGGAGAGGUGAACGGUCGUAAAACCAGAAGCUACUGAAUUUCAAGGGAUACAAACAACAUGUUGAGUCGUAUCUUCUGUAUCAUAGCUUCUCUUGUGGAUUUGCAAUGUACACCUGGACGCAAUGGUUCCACGUGGAAGUGAUAUUCUGAAGAUUGGAGGACUUGUGCAUAUACUUGGACCCCUGCAGCAUGUAAGCAGGUAGUAUUAUAGACUUUGCAUAUUCAUGUAGGCCAUCUGAUGAAAAAGUUUUUUUGUUUUUCUGUAGUAUUGUUCAUCUUACAGUUAGUCUUGAUUAAGAUUCUUCUUGACUUUGCUAGAGCAUAAAUUUUGAAGCUUUCACUGUGCUAUUAAAUGAUUUUGCUUCUGGCCAUGGAUUUACAUAUUUAAUCAUCUUUACAAAUUUUUCCUGGUAAGCUGUGAAUUUUCUGAGGUUAAUGAUAUUUAUCUUUCUUUCGAUU